GGAGCGUUUCCGAUGCAGGAAGGCGGGGCUUCCGAGUUCCUCUGGGAUGAGUCACAUCCGUGCGCAGCCGCACGUGAAGUUCCCAGAACGGGAGCUGACCCUUCAGAAUAAAAACCAGAGGAGAAGAUGAAGUCCAACGAGUUUUUUCUGUCACACAGCUGAACGCGGACGUCUUAUUGACGUGGUUGUAUCAUGACAGGAUUUUAAGACUAAAUCCUUUAUUUAUCCACUUUUUCCGUUUAUCAUGGAUGAAGCCUACCUCGUCCUUCAAAGGAACUCAUGAGUAAAAAAAAAAAACCCUUAUUAUCAAACCAGUGUGUGAAUUAGCAAUAAAUGAAAAUAUAAAAAAAUAGGAACGCAUGUGAAAGAAGAAAAAUAAAAACUUUGGAUAGUUUUGAGACAUGUUUUAUUUGUAUUAAUUUGCUCAAAAAAGUGGGACGACUUUUAAUGUGAAGGCCGCUGGAACGGAAGCGGGGUUGGAGUUGUGGAGCUUGUCCUGGCUCAUCCGACCUGGAUUCAGCCAUAUUCCUACUGAUCAACUACACCGGUAGCAGCUUCGAACUCUCAAAAUUUCGCCUGUAAUCCGUCGGUGUUUUAUCUCUCGGAGUUUACGGACAUUCAGAUACCACCGGGUCUGGUUCCGAAGCCUCAGACCCAUUUCCCGGGAUGGUACACCGAGCGGCUAACAUGGAAGAGCGGCGGCACCUCUGAGAUUCGACGCUCUUUCCAACGUCCUGAUUUCUGGGAGGAAAGUCUCGUUUGAUCGGAUUAAAGCCGAUGCGGAGGCGGCACGCGCGCAGGCCCGCUGCCUGUUUGGCUCACGGAGAUUUGCGGCUCGGGUAACCGGCGGACACGCUCUGAAGUGGCAGCAACCCGGAGCAAAAUGUCGGGAAUGCUUUUCCUAAGCUAACGAGCUAGCUGCUGCUAGCAGCCUCGACAGGAAGCGGCGCACACGGACGCAGCGGCGGCGGCCGGACUUUCGGGGGACAGCGGGCGGUAGUCCUCGGCCAGGAUGUCGGCUCAGGAGCGCCUGGCGCGGCUGGAGGAGCUGCUGCUGGAGCGGAGGGCGGCGGGAUGCCUCAGUGUGGAGGCGCUGCUGGAUCUGCUCAUCUGCCUUUACAGCGAGUGCUCCAGCUGCCCGUUAAAGAGGGAGAAGCACGUCACCGACUUCCUGCAGUGGGUGAAGCCCUUCACCACCGCCGUGAGGGACAUGAGGCUGCACAGGGACGACUUUGAGAUGCUGAAGGUGAUUGGUCGAGGAGCUUUUGGAGAGGUUGCCGUGGUGAAGAUGAAGAACACAGAGAGGGUUUAUGCCAUGAAGAUUCUGAACAAGUGGGAAAUGCUGAAGAGAGCUGAGACGGCGUGUUUCCGCGAAGAGCGAGAUGUUUUGGUGAAAGGAGACAGCCAGUGGAUCACCAGUCUGCAUUAUGCCUUCCAGGAUGACAACUACUUGUAUCUGGUCAUGGACUACUACGUGGGCGGGGACCUCCUGACUCUGCUCAGUAAGUUCGAGGAUCGUCUCCCAGAAGACAUGUCAAAGUUCUACGUGGCGGAGAUGGUCCUCGCCAUCCACUCCAUUCAUCAGCAGCACUACGUUCACAGAGACAUCAAACCAGACAACAUCCUGCUCGAUGUGAACGGUCACAUCCGACUGGCAGACUUCGGGUCGUGUCUGCACAUGAUGGAGGAUGGCAUGGUGCAGUCCUCGGUGGCAGUGGGCACCCCGGAUUACAUCUCCCCAGAGAUCCUGCAGGCGAUGGAGGACGGGAUGGGUCGUUACGGCCCUGAGUGUGACUGGUGGUCUCUGGGAGUCUGCAUGUAUGAGAUGCUUUUUGGAGAGACACCUUUCUAUGCUGAGUCGCUGGUGGAAACUUAUGGAAAGAUCAUGAAUCACGAGGAGCGCUUCCAGUUUCCCUCUCAUGUGAGUGACGUGUCAGAGGAGGCCCGGGAUCUGAUCCAGAGGCUUAUCUGCUCCAGGGAGCGUCGCCUCGGUCUGAAUGGGAUCUCAGACUUCAAGAGCCACCCGUUCUUCAAAGGGAUUGACUGGGACAACAUCCGCUCCAUGGAGGCGCCCUACAUACCGGAGGUGUCUUCCCCCACAGACACCUCCAACUUUGAUGUGGAUGAUGAUGUUUUGAAGAACCCGGACAUUGGACCUCCGGUGUCUCACACCGGCUUCAGCGGCCAGCAUCUCCCCUUCGUUGGCUUCACCUUCACCACCAACAGCUGCUUCUCUGACCGCUGCUCCAUUAGCAAGGCAGCACAGGGCGUCCUGCAGAAGGAGGGGGAAGGUCAAGGCCGGGACGUGGAGUCCUUUGAAAGGAGGAUCCGGUGCCUGGAGCAGGAAAAACAGGACCUGAACCGGCGGCUGCAAGAGUCCACCCUCGCUCUGCAGGCGCCGUCUCGAGGAGGAACUCUAUCUCGAGACAAAGAAAUCAAGAAGUUGAAUGAGGAGAUCGACCGCCUCAAGAAGAAGCUGGCAGACUCUGAUAGGCUGGAACACCAGCUGGAGGAGGCAGUUACCCUCAGACAGGACUACGAGAGCUCCGCCUCCAAACUGAAGACUCUGGAAAAGCAGGUGAAGGCUUUGAGACAAGAGAAGGAGGAUGUCCACAAGCAGCUGGCUGACUCCCUGGAGCGGAUGAGGAGCCUGACGAAGGAGCUGAAGGAUGCGCACUCCCAGAGGAAGCUGGCCCUGCAGGAGUACUCCGAGCUGUCGGAGAGGAUGGCUGAAUUGCGCUCCUCCAAGCAGAGACUGUCUCGCCAGCUCCGGGACAAAGAGGAGGAGGCGGAUGGGCUCCUGCAAAAGAUGGAUGGCAUGAGGCAGGAGAUGCGCAAGAUGGAAAAGAACCGCAAGGAGCUGGAGGCGCAGCUGGAUGAGGCAAAGGCAGAGGCAUCGAAGGAGAGGAAGCUCAGGGAGAACAGCGAGGUUUACUCCAAGCAGCUGGAGACGGAGCUGCAGGGCCUGAAGCACCAGCAGGGUCAGGGCUCUGCUGCCGCCGGAGCCGAGUCCCAGCAGGAACUGCUGCGUCUGAAGGCAGAGCUGGAUAAGAAGGUCCUGUUCUACGAGCAGGAGCUCCUGCAGAGAGACCUGGCUCACUCCACGGAGAUGAAAAACAUGCGCAAAGACCUGCAGGAGUCAGAGGGAGCACAACUGGCUGCCAACAAGGAGCUGCUCCAGCUCCGAGACAAGCUGGACAAAGCCAAGAAGGAGAGACAAAUCGAGACGGAUGAAGCUGUAGCUGCUCUGAAGAAGAAGUAUGAGCGCGAGAAGAGCCUGCUGACGGAGGAGAACCGUAAACUCAGUGCAGAGACGGAUAAGUUGUGCUCCUUCGUUGAUGACCUGACCGCUCAGAACCGACAGUUGGAAGACGACCUGCAGGAUCUGUCCUCCAAGAAGGAGAGCGUGGCUCACUGGGAGGCUCAGAUCGCAGAGAUCAUCCAGUGGGUCAGUGAUGAGAAGGAUGCUCGAGGUUACCUGCAGGCUCUGGCUACCAAGAUGACAGAGGAGCUGGAAACCCUCCGCAGCUCCAGUCUGGGAUCCAGACCUCUGGACCCGCUGUGGAAGGUGAGGCGCAGCCAGAAGCUGGACAUGUCAGCUCGUCUGGAGCUGCAGUCUGCCCUGGAAGCUGAGAUUCGAGCCAAACAGCUGCUACAGGAGGAGCUGCGCAAAGUUAAAGCUGCCAACAUCAACCUGGAGAGUAAGCUGAGAGAGUCCGAGGACAGGAGCAAGGAGGUGGUAGAGCAGAUGGAGAACCUGAAGAAGGAGGUGGAGGAGAGCCGUUCUCACCCCGACAAAAGUCUGAAGCUUCAGGACUUCCAGGACUCCAUCUUUGAGUACUUUAACACAUCUCCUCUGGCUCCAGACCUCACCUUCAGAGCGUCUGCGUCCUCGCUGCACGCACUCUGGGAGGAGACCUCGGACAUCGACCCCAUUCCUCUGAAACCCGACACCACGCCCUCCUCCCCGCCCGCAGAGCAGGAGCAGGAAGGACGCUCAGCUUCAGGACCCAUCAGCCCCUCCCCCAGCUCCUAUAGCUCUGCCAACACUGUGCCAAAGCCUAAAGCUCACCAGUUGAGCAUCAAGACAUUCUCCAGCCCCACCCAGUGCACACACUGCAGCUCCCUGAUGGUGGGGCUCAUUCGACAGGGCUACGCCUGCGAAGUGUGUUCCUUCAUCUGCCACGUGUCCUGCAAAGACCACGCCCCCCUGAUCUGCCCCAUUCCAGCGGAGCAGGCCAAGAGGCCACAGGGCAUCGAUGUGCAGCGGGGCAUCGGCACGGCCUACAGGGGAUACGUGAGGAUCCCAAAGCCAAGCGGGGUGAAGAAAGGCUGGCAGCGAGCCUACGCCAUCGUCUCUGAUUGCAAACUGUUUCUCUACGAUGUCCCAGAGGGGAAGUCCACCCAGGCGGGGGUAGUGGCCAGUCUUGUUCUUGACCUCAGGGAUGAGGAUUUGUCUGUCAGCUCAGUGAUGGCGUCUGAUGUGAUUCACGCCACCCGGAAGGACAUCCCCUGCAUCUUUAAGGUUGCGUCCUCGCAGCUGAUGUCGCAGCUGUCGUCGGUGUCCCUGCUGGUUCUGGCGGAGAGCGAGGCUGAGAAGAGGAAGUGGGUCCGGAUGCUGGAGAGCCUGCAGAGCAUCCUGACCAAGAACCAGCUGAAGAGCCAGCAGGUCCAUCGGCUGCACGAAGCCUACGACGCCUCGCUGCCCCUCAUCAAGACCACGCUGUCCGCCGCCGUGCUCGACCGAGAAAGAAUCGCUUUGGGAACGGAGGACGGGCUGUUUGUGGUGGAGGUCACCAGAGAUGUGAUCGUCCGCGCCGCUGACUGUAAAAAAGUUCAUCAGGUUGACCUGGUCCCAAAGGAGAAGAUUAUCGCUGUCCUGUGUGGGCGGAACCGCCAUGUGCACCUUCAUCCCUGGGGGGUUUUGGAGGGGGCUGAGUCCUUUUUUGACAUCAAAUUAACUGAAACCAAAGGCUGCCAGGCUCUGUGCACUGGUGUGCUGCGGCAGGGAGGCCCCGCCUACCUUCUGGCUGCUGUCAAACGUCAGGUCCAGUGCUAUGAGAUCACCCGAGCAAAGCCGCACCACAAAAAGCAGUGGGAGGUGCAGGCUCCCGGCACAGUGCAGUGGCUGGGGAUGGUGCGGGAUCGGCUGUGCGUCGGCUACCCCUCCGGCUUUGCUCUUUUGACCCUGCAGGGGGAGUCGUCCCCCAUCAGCCUGGUGAGCCCCGCCGACCCCACCCUGGCCUUCCUGGCGCAGCAGCCGCUGGAUGCCCUGCACGCCCUGGAGGUCGGCUCGAGUGAGGUGCUGCUCUGCUUCAGCCAGCUCGGCAUAUACGUGGAUGGACAGGGGCGCCGCUCUCGUUCUCAGGAGCUGAUGUGGCCCGCCACGCCGCUGGCCUGCUGCUCAAACUCCUCCCAUCUAACAGUUUAUAGUGAGUACGGCGUGGACGUGUUCGACGUGCAAACCAUGGAGUGGGUGCAGACCAUCUCUCUGUGCAAGAUCCGACCCCUGAACGUGGAAGGGACGCUAAAUCUGCUGAGCUCCGAACCCCCGCGCCUGAUUUACUUCAGCAACACCUCAUCAGCGGGUGACCUGACCAUCCCAGAGACGUCGGAGCACAGCAGGAAGGCGAUGGUUCGAACCCGCAGCAAAAGGAAGUUUCUCUUCAAGGUUCCUGAAGAGGAGCGGCUGCAGCAGAGGAGGGAGAUGCUGAAGGAUCCAGAGUUGCGCUCACGGAUGAUUUCUAAUCCCACUAACUUCAACCACGUGGCUCACAUGGGACCAGGAGACGGCAUGCAGGUGUUGAUGGACCUCCCCCUGAGCGUGAUGCCCUCGUCUCAGGAUGAGCCCAGUAAAGAUAAGCCACGCCCACUAUCCAGUAUCUCCCGACAGCACCGGACCAAGUCUAACGUCUCGCGCACAGCUUCAGAUUUUGGUGGAGGAGUUUCCACCCGCAGCGCCUGUGAACUAGACCAAGACCUGGAGCGAGAGCCGGACUCAGACUCCACCAAACACUCGACCCCCUCCAACAGCUCCAACCCCAGCACCCCGCCCAGCCCAAAUUCGCCCCACCGCAGCCAGCUCACACUUGAUGGUCUGGACUCUGAGCCAUGAGCCUCGCCCCCGACUGCACACAGCUGAGGCUCCGCCCCAUCACCUGAGCCAACGGUCCGCAGGCUGAGAUUGGCUUUUACUUCCUAGAUUUUAAUGUGGUGGGGUAAAGUGCUGCUUUUAUCUCCCCCUGCCCCCACCUCGCCUCAUGAUUUCAGCCCAAGCUGAAGCCACACUACCCCUGCUGUGGAUUUGCCCCCACUGUGACUGUUAACCUCCAUCCCGGGGCUGUGGGACUGCUUCUCCUCCUUUCUUCUUAAUAUCAAGCGUGUUGUGCUGAGCUGUGACAGGAGGUGUCACUCUGAGGAAAAAAAAACAAACUAUCAAUUUCAAAUGUUUGUUCAUGUUGCACAUUGUCCUCGUUGGAAAACAAUAAUCCUUCAUAACGGCAGUGAUGAAUUUUUUCCCUCGUUCACCCUGUAGCCCGACUCCGCCCACUGCUCUGGUAGCACCAGGUAACAAGAGGUGGUGAGGGGGUUGACACACCUGAAAACUACUGCUUUUGUUUCUUGCUAAAUUUUAAAAGCAUUUGUAACUUUAAACUGUUAGCAGCCAAAAAAAAACAACAAUAAACUAACCUGAAAGGG